CCAAGGCAAAAAUCCUGCUCUCCACCCCAUUCCCUCCCCUUAGGGCACAGGAAGGCCGCCCUAUGUCUUCUGCGCAGGCGCAGCAACGGCCCCCAGGAGGAUCACUUAAAACAACACUACCGAGCAAGAUUCUGCGGGCAAGAAGGAAAGAAGAUCAAUAUACAGCCUGGUGAAAAUGUUCUGAAAUAUAUACAGGAUUGUUUUGAAUGUGAUGAUACUGAUGUCGUAGUAAGCUCUCCAGAUGCAACCUGUUUCUCAACUCCUCUUGUCAGAAACAAGGAGAGGACUUCAACACAGAGCCCUAAGCCAGAUGCAGGGUUAACUAACGCGGUAGGAAAUAGUACCUGUCAUUCUGCUGUGUCCUUACCUGCAACGCCAGUGGAGACAGUCAGGAGCAAAGGCGAGCCAUGUGUGUUCUACCCGGAGCCUGGAAGAAACAGUCUCAUAGCUGGUUCUAUCAAAACAGAGAGUCCUGUGCCUAGAGGAGAAACACAGGUGUUAACAUUCAGAGAUGUUGAAGUACUCUGUGAAAGUCCUGCCAAGUUAUCAGAUCCUGAGGAUGAUCAUGGGGUCGUGGGAUCACCUCUUCUUGUGGAGGUAGCAAAGACUUCUCCUGUACAAACGCGUACUGUCUCAAUCGCUCCAUCAUCACCUCCUCCUGUCAAAGAUCAAAACGUAGUAAUAGAAAGCGACUGUGAGUUUCUCAUUGAUGAAUCAGAUUGUCUGUCUUUUAAGUCUUGGUUUUCAAUACCUCGCAAGAACAGAAAGUCAAAAAAAGAUGGCUCUGUGACUCCUGUUUCGAAAUCUCAGUCCUCUGAAAAGGAAAAGACAGCAGAUAAGAAAUGCAAGAACAUGAAGGUACAGGCUGGAGUACAUAGUGAACAGAAAAUGAAGAAUGUCAGAGGGCAACGUGACUUAAAAAGAACGUCAGAAUCCUAUCCAGUCUCUUCUGACAGUGAGGGAAAGGUCCUUAAAUCUCAAAUGCAAAGCAGUACUCGUGUGGGAAAAUCUAAACCAGAUGAACUUAGGGGCUCUUCCAAGCAUAGAAAGAAGAUGUCCUAUGAAUCAGAAGCUGAACAGCUGAUGCUGUUUGGAUUGGACUCAGAAGCAUCUGAUGAAGAACAAAAGAUAAGAAGGGUGAUGGCAAGGGAGGAUUUGCCAAUGCCCUCUGCUGAGGAUCAGCAAAAGCAGAUGCUAUCUCCAAAAAAGAAUCUCACUCCUUGCAAGUAUCAGCAGUCUGCUUCAAAAGCUUAUCAGCGUUCAGUUCACAAGAAACAAACUAAGCAGAAACUUGCAAAUGAUAAGGUGUUGAAGAGCCAAAGGAAGAAGCUGAAAAAAUCUGGAAGGAGAAAUAGUAAUAAAAAUCCUGAGCCACAGAGAUGGAAGAGUUCUGACAGUGAACCUGGUGAAGAAGGACUUGAAAGAGAGCCCUUAAAAUCAAAUGAAAUGUUUACCUCACCUCCGCAUCAAGAAUUACAGACUUCUGUGCUUCAGAAGUUGGCUAAGUCUGAAAAAGCUGAGAAAGUAUUGCACUCUUUGGAAACAGUUACUGAUGUAAAUAACAAAACUCCUUUAAAAGCUGCAAAGUUACUGCAGCAUCUUGUAGACAGUGUGAAGAAUUCUGAAAAGAAAAGAUCAUCAGCUACAUCUUCAGGGAAGAUGCUCAAAAAGAUUAAUCACAGAGCCCAUAAAAGAGCUUGCUCAAUCACGGGGGACACUGAGCCUCAAAAUACAACAGAUUCUGACAGCUUUUCUGCACAGGAGGUGUCAAGAAAAAAACACAAGCAAUCAGCUGUAAAAGCAAGUGAAAAAAGAAAAAAUAACGGGCACCAGAGACUGCAACAUUCCGCUGCAGCUGAGAAAGCUAUGGGUCCUGAAAGCGGGCUUGUUCUAGAACAUUCUGGGAAAUGUACUUCGCCAAGUAAGAAUUGUGAAGAGAAUAAUGAAUCUUCAGAUAAUUCUGAAGACCUGCAUUGUCAAAUAAAAAAUCUACUGUCAGACGAGAUAGGCAGGCAAAAAAUAGUGCUGCCUUCCAACACGCCUAACGUUCGUCGGACAAAAAGGAUACGGCUUAAACCUUUGGAAUAUUGGCGAGGAGAGCGGGUAACCUAUACAUUGAAGCCUUCAGGAAGGCUUUUAAUUAGUGGAAUAGCAGGUGCAGAAGCAGAACCUCACGUGAAGAAUAAGCAGAAGAGUCAUCAUAAGCAGAAAAGAGCUAGAACAAGAAGUGAGGUAGCGAAAUGUUUGGAUAUCCCCCUGGCUGAUGCCUCUAAGCCAACCAGCAUAGUGGACCCAGUAACGAAUCGAGAAGUUCUUCUAGAGUGUGUUAACUCUGGAAGCAGUCACUCAUGUUUCUUCGAAGAUGAAUCGAUAAAAGUAUAUAAAAGUUUGAAUACAUCUGUUUUUGCUGCUGGUAAAUUGAUCUUGAAACCUCUUAAAGAAAAGGGACACCAGUUUGUCCACAUGGAUACAAUAGCUUUCUAUGUUAUCCGUGGUCAGAUUAUUAUCACCUUGCAUAAGACAUCAUACUACCUGACUUCAGGGGAUUAUUUCUAUGUUCCAGCAGGAAAUGGAUAUAACAUACGUAAUCUUCUGAAUGAGGAAAGUGUUCUUCAUUUCACACAACUCAAAAAUGGCAGACGAAUUGCAGGAAGCAUGUUGUCGGAGCCCUCUUCCCCAUAGGUUCACCUUCAGAUUGAAGAUCAUCUAAUGGGAGAGAGUUCUAAAGAACACUGUUAACUACCAUCCAGGUAGAGAUAUAUCCCAGUACUGGGAGCAUGUAGUUUCAUUAGUCUUAAGAGAUUUUCCUUCUCUGUAAAUUGUAAAUAUAUGGUUUGUUACAAAUUAGUUUUUCUUUCUUGUCAAUAAAUGUUAAAUAAUACAAACCCA